UUGCUCUUCUCGCCUCCUAUCCCGCUGUGCUCAACAACGUGUUUGCCGUCCGGGCGCACGCUUCCUUGAUCCACACUAUAAACUGCUGGAGGCAGGCAGGCUUCUUCGUUCGCCAUUUCCGGUUCGCCACCGUAUUUCGCCCUCGUUCGGUAUCCCUCGCGACACCCCCCUCCCUCGCCGUCCCGCCCGCUUCGUCCCAAAACGUCUGCCCAUUAUGUCAGGCGUUCCGCCACAGUUGGUCUUCAGUAACGAGGUCGCAUCAAUGGAUGAGUGGUCAAGGCGAACCGGCAUCCCCCUAACCACCGCCGACGCUCUAGGCACGAACUAUGCUCGUGCACGUCGGUGGUUGCUUUCCAUCCGGUCAAAGUUGGUGCAGGAGCACGGCUGGCAGGACGUAACACCCUUGGACUCCCGACUCCUCUUUGACGUCGAAUAUCCCACCCCAUACCGGUCCUCGAGAGGCCUCCCGCGCAGUCCCAAUAUGCGCCUACAGAUUCCGGUGAACGCUUCGUCGUUCUUUUCGCGCGAACGACGCGUCCAGUGGGAGAUGGUCUUCCACUCCGCGCUCUUUCCGGGGCUGCGGCAUACCGUUCCGGCGAUCGCGGACCUGCUGCACCUCCUCCAAUGCCUGCUCACGGGUAUGGUCGUCCUCGUAAAAGAAGAGCAAGUCCCCGGCGAAGGUGUGUACCGGACCAUCCGCGGAUUGCCGCCGGUCGAGUGGGUGACGAGCCACGAAGCCGCACUCGUCGACAUCUUCGGGUCUUCCCAUUACCGGCAGCUCUUUCGCGCCGCCAGCGACAACCGUGUCGCGUUCAAGCUCGAGCGGGCGUGACGUGCUCCCACGCCCAGGCCCUCGUCCGCUCGCUUGCCUAUCGCCCAAAAGGCCCGCGAAACACGACUGGUUUCGUCCACGGACCCUGCAGAUGCUCCCCGCGUCCUGUCGGACUCUAUCUUAUUCGAUCCUAUUGACUGGCAUGAUACUCGUGUUUAAUCUCGUCUGGCACAAUCUUAAUGCCCUUCUCAUCUUCGCUAAUCGUUGUCACAUACUGUUAUACCGUUCCAGAACCUCCUAUGCCAUCUAUCCUCGCUGUCACUUAGAAUACGGCCUUGCUAGUCGCAGAGUAGGCUACGGUCCACGCUACGCAUUUGUCCUCCCUUGCUGUUUUGUUCCUGCCAUAAUGUCUUCCCAUGUCGCACUGCCUCUCUUCGUCCUGCACAUACAGUAUGUAUUCCCAGCAUUCCACACGUCAUGCAUCAUAGCUAGGCUUCUAUAGUAUAGUCAGUAAUCGGCCCAAGUUGUCAUUUGUACUCAGUAUUACCUGUCCAUACCUUCCGAGACGUCGAGCGUUUGCGCCCAUAGUGGCACGUUUUCCCUUCCUCCAAACAAUGUAAUGAUGAUCUUCGC